GAGCCUCUUGCUUAUAUACUUGCAUUAUGUUGUAGAGGAGGAAGAACAAGUCUCUACCUUUUUUUUUAAAGUAGGGUUAAGGUUUGCGUACACACUUUUCGAUUACAAUGGGUUUGUUGUUGCUCUUCCUGUAAAAAUUGAGAAAUUUGCUUAUUGAUAUAAAAAUGUGUACUUGGAAUUGGGUAUAAUUUGUUGGUAACAAUGGUUAUUUGUAGUAUUUUGUGAAAGAAAUUUUCUUAUUUGAAAAUUUACACAAAUAAUUAAAUGUUGGAAGCUGACCUCGAAUGCUUCUUUUUCGAUGAAGCAGUAUUGUAUUUGAGUUUCCACACUUGGGAUAAAAAGAUGGUAGGGUUAUCUGUUGGAGAAAGGAACUUUAUUAAGGGUGGUAUUGCCCAGGAUCUGCGUAAUGAUGGUAGAAAACGGCUAACUUAUCGGCCAAUUUAUGUGGAAACAGGUGUUAUUCCUCAGGCAAAUGGAUCUGCGAAAGUCAAGUUGGGUGCAACUGAUGUUAUUGCCAGUGUCAAGGCGGAACUUGGAAAACCAAGUUUGUCUCAUCCUGAUCAAGGAAAGGUUUUUAUUUACGUAGAGUGCAGUCCUACAGCAGAGCCAUCAUUUGAGGGCAGAGGGGGUGAGGAAUUGUCCACAGAGCUCUCGACUGCACUUGAGCGGAGUCUCUUGGGCGGUAAAAGUGGAGCAGGGGCUGGAAUUGAUCCGGCGUCUCUCUUGAUCAAAGAGGGAAAAGUAUGCUGGGAUCUGUAUGUCGACUGCCUUGUCAUUAGCUCGGACGGAAAUCUGCUGGAUGCUCUAGGUGCUGCAAUCAAGGCAGCUCUGAGCAAUACAGGUAUUCCGAGAGUUCAGUUUCGAGAAGCUGCUUCAACAGACGAGCACGCAGAUGUGGAUGUUAGUGAUGAAGAAUUUUUGCAAUUCGACACCAGUGGAGUACCUGUCAUAGUUACUUUGACAAAGGUUGGAAGGCACUACAUUGUCGAUGCAACUUCAGAGGAGGAAUCCCUAAUGAGCUCAGCUGUUUCUAUUUCUGUUAAUAGACGCGGACUAAUAUGUGGAUUGACUAAACGAGGAGGUGCAGGGUUGGACCCUAGCGUCAUACUUGACAUGAUAUCUGUUGCGAAACAUGUAAGUGAGCAGCUAAUAAACAAACUUGAUUCGGAGAUAGAAGCAGCCGAAAGAGCAAAUGAAGAGGAACCAUGACAUAGCUCAAGGAUUACCUAUAUAUAGUUGUUCUUGUGAUCAUUUUGUAAGAGUUUAGAUCGAGGGUCGAUUGUUUUGUUAAUCAAUCGUUGAUGAUUAUCUUCACUGUUAAAGUUUUGUUGAAUGAUGUUGAUUCUUGUCUAUACUGUUUGUUUGAAAACAAUCUUUUGAUUUCUCUUAAUUCACACAAGCCUCUUCGUUGCA